AUGUUCAAGAAGUUCUCCGUGGAGUGGUUGUCCCAGAGCUUCCAUGCUCAAGAUCUGGAGCAGCAAAAAUGCGUCAAAUUAAUUCCAAGUGCUCCUGAUGCCUUCAAAGGAGAAACCAAGGCCCCGUCUUCUCCUGCAAACAGCUGUGGCUACACCUCGGCCUCUGAGAGCGAUGAGAGUGAAGGAGAGUCCGCUCCGCAGCGGCGCGUCAGAACCAAGUUCAGCUCGGAUCAGAUCUCGCGUCUGGAGAAAACCUUCAGCAAACACAAGUACCUCGGCGCCACACAACGACGCAGAACAGCGGACAAGCUGCAGCUGUCUGAAACACAGGUGAAAACGUGGUUCCAGAACAGACGGAUGAAGCUGAAACGGGAAGUUCAGGACGCGCGCGCUGCCGAGUUUUUUGUCCCGACAGUGCUUCCGCCGGUGACGUCAUUUCAGCACCUCCCCAUCCUCCGUCUGUAUGUGGGGUCUGGUCUGGUGUGGUGUGUAGAUUCGCUCCGGGUCAUCAGCACCUUCACAGAACAUCAAAGCGCCUGUAAGGAGCAGAUGAUGGAGAUCCUCUGA